UACAAGGGACGGUCAGCGGAGUUAGGCAAACACCGAGCCUAAGCAGCCUUCUCGUGCUUGUGAGAGAAGUAGGAGGCAAAGAUGUCGGAGCGAAAAGUUUUAAACAAAUACUACCCGCCCGACUUUGACCCGUCAAAGAUCCCCAAACUCAAGCUCCCCAAAGAUCGGCAGUAUGUGGUGCGGUUGAUGGCUCCCUUCAACAUGAGGUGUAAGACAUGCGGAGAGUACAUCUACAAGGGCAAGAAGUUCAACGCGCGGAAGGAGACAGUGCAGAACGAGGCCUACCUGGGCCUGCCCAUCUUCCGCUUCUACAUCAAGUGCACACGAUGCCUGGCAGAGAUCACCUUCAAGACAGACCCCGAGAACACAGACUACACCAUGGAGCACGGAGCCACACGGAACUUCCAGGCGGAGAAGCUCCUGGAGGAGGAGGAGAAGAGGAUGCAGAAGGAGCGGGAGGACGAGGAGCUGAACAACCCCAUGAAGGUGAGCUGGGAGCUGCCUACGUGCACCUCUUCCUGCCUCGGCCCCCGGGCAGGGAAGUGGGGUGGGCAGAGCUCCAAGGUGGCCCCGGGAGCCCUGCCUCCUGGUCACAUACCCUGUGUAGCCCUGGGAGUGCGCACACAAGGAUCUCACUCCUGCGAUCAGGUUGUUAGGUUGGGUCACGGUCGACGUCAGGAAAGGGAGGUUAUCCAACGGGCCAGAGGAGGCUGGAGAAGGUGGCAUUUGGGCCAGUCACCCACUCAUGUCCCCCCUCACUCUCAGGCCCCAAAAGCCAAGAGGAAGGCGGAGAGCUGGGAACGGAGUGUUGGCACCCUUGGCAGCAGGCCCCAGCUGUCAGGCCUAGUCGUGGUGAAGAGAACAGACCUGGGUUGCAGCGCCCAGGAGGGCCUGGCACCGUCACCCACCACCCAGGGCCCCAUGCAGAGCGGGAAGCCAGCUGACCCUGCACCCUGGGCGCCCGGCGCCUCCUCCCUGAGCCAGCUGGGGGCCUAUUCGGACAGCGAGGACAGCAGCGGCAGCAACUGAGACCCCAGGCCCUUCCCCAGGUCAAGGUCCCGUGUCCAGCUUCAGCUGACGGUGGGGCAGGAUGCCUUGGCACCAACCAGAGCCACGCAUGACUGGACAAACCCCGACGUCCUCUGAAGCGGCAGGGCCAGCGAGGGCUUUGGCCGACUCAGUUUCUCCUGUCCCCCCACCUGCUGGCCCUCGGGGACCUCGGGGUCCCCAGCUCACAGUGCCGCCCUCCUGGCCCUCCAUUCGGGGCUGUGGCCUCCCUGGAACAGUGCUCAGCUCCCGGCAGGCCUCGUGGUGGUCCCUUUGACAGCCGCAAGGGCUCGGCCGUGUUUGGGGGGAGGCACGCAGGAGAACACACCCACCCCUUAUUAGCGCUGCCCCCUCCGGCCACAAAACCCGCGAGCCAAUGAAAGGAACCACUGUCUGGCCUGGGCCCCUGUUCUGCCAGCUUCUGGGGGCGGCCACAGAACCACACAAUGUGGCCAAUCUGGCCUCUGGUUCUCGCAAGCUGUGAGGUGGUAAAGGCUCAUUGAUUUAGUGGGUGUUUGGGGAGAAUUUGUUAUGUAGCAAUAGAUCCCCAGUAUGUCGUUGGUCCCGUGACCAGGAAAUCGAUUCUGAGGCUCACGUUCUUUCAAGGUUGCCAGACUUCAACUCCGGUAUAAUUUUCUCCCACUUCACAGUUUUCUAGUUGAAGGUUUUAUGCUCCCGCCAGACUCCUUCAGCACAUGCCCCCCGAGCUCUGCUCCCCCCCUCCCGGGGUCGCCAGCCUCAGCCCUCCUCUCUCUCUCUCUCAAGCACGCUCACAUUUGUUUGGCAUUUGGUAAUGAGGCUUUGUGCUUCUUGCUAUCAGAGUUUGGGAGAUGAGAAGCCCCCACUUUGGGGAUCCACUUUCCUGCAAUGAUUUCUGUGCUUAAGUAGGACUGGAAGAAGCGGACUGGGAUCCAGCCAGGCCCCCGGGUCCUCACCUCGCAGCUCCCGGCCUUGAAGACAGGCCCCGGGGCCCUGGUUCUGAAACGCUGACGGUGGAGGGGCUGCAAAUCGGUGCCGCGUGCGGGGGGGCCAGCACACCGUGGCCUCUUUUCCCCAAGGUCAGAGUCAGGGUCGCACACGGUGCCUGCAAGGAGUCUGUUCAGACCGGCGGCCAGAGGAAAGCAUCCAGCCGAAGAAGCGCUUGUGGAAGAGAUGAGGCGUGGGGUCCCCGUUCACUCUGAUCCCUUCUUGCAGACCGUUCCCUGAGCUCUUGUCGCUUGUCGCCGUGUGUGCGUGCCAUCUGUUAACUCUUCUUUACUAAAGAUUAUGAACUCCGUUCCAAAACACAGAUGAGCAAGCUACGGUUGGUGGACCAAAGCCGGCCCACAGCCUAGUUUGUGAACCAAGUUUUGUUGGCACGGCGACGUGCCCGUUUGAGUGUAACGCGUGGCCGCUGCGCUCUGCAGUGACGGAGCCAACGGGCUCACCGUCGGGUCCCUGAUAGAGAAAGGUUGCCCGCCCCCGCCUGGGUCGCCCAGCUCUGCCCCUCCUGCUCCCCACGGCCCCCAGGGAAGGUGCCGACACCCGCUCACCCCAAGCUGCGCUCUCCUCAGCGUGGCACGGGAUGAGGCACACGGGAUCCGCUCAGGGAGGGAAACAGCUGACGUUCGAGAAGUCCUUGCCGCUUGCCUGACCUGUGCUGAGCUUGUGCAGAUUCACUCGUUUGAGUUUCCCAAAGCAAGUUGCUUACUAAAAAAAAAAAAAAGGAUAUGAUUUA